UGACAUGGUUCAGACUACUAAGAAGAAAGACCUCUCUCUGAUUCUAUAAUUCCACUGGAUUAUAACAAGAAACUCCACUGUUAUAUUUCUGGUAGGAAGAAGGAUGGCUGGAUUAAAACUGCAGGAAGGACAAUUAAUCAAAGGACUCAGGUGGCAAGUAAUAUUUCCAUUUUUAUUUUCCUGGAUGUGUCAUUCAGUCUCUUGUCAGAUUCAUUACUCUAUUAAUGAAGAAUUAGGAAAAGGUUCAAUUGUUGGAAAUUUAGCAAACGAUCUUCAAUUAAAUGUUAAGGAUCUCUCCAGAAGGAAAUUACACAUUGCAUCUGAUCUGUCAAAGAAAUAUUUCAGUAUAAAUCCAGAUAAUGGAAACCUAUACAUUGCUGAUAGGAUAGACAGGGAGACAUUGUGUGGAGCUGCAGCUGAUUGUGUCCUUACAUUUGAUGCUGUGGUAGAAAAUCCUCUAAAUGUCUUCACUGUUAAUAUUGAUAUUCAGGACAUAAAUGACAAUCCUCCUGAAUUUCGUCAUAACAUAUUGACAUUAGAAAUGAGUGAAUUGUCCUCUCCAGGAAGAAGCUUUGUUUUACAAAAAUCGGAAGAUUUGGAUAUAGGUAUUAAUUCUCUGAUAAGCUACAAACUCAGUAAAAAUCAGUAUUUUGCUCUUAGAGAGAAGGUCAGCUCUGAUGGCAGUGUAUUUCCAGAGCUUAUACUAGAGAAACCUCUAGACAGAGAGACACAAGACAAGCAUGAACUCAUUCUAACAGCUUAUGAUGGUGGAAAUCCUGUACAGACAGGCACUGCCUUAAUAAAUAUCAUUAUAACUGACUUCAAUGAUAAUUCUCCAGUAUUUACACAGGAUGUAUAUAAAAUAAGUGUUAGGGAAAAUAUACCGGUGAAUUCAACUAUUCUGCAGGUCAGUGCAAGUGAUGAUGAUGAAGCAGUCAAUGCAAAAAUAACUUACUCUAUGAGUACCAGAGUAGAUAAUAUUCUUGUUGAUUCCCAAAAUGGAGAAAUUAGAACACUGGGAAACUUAGAUUAUGAAGUAAGAAAUUAUUAUGAAAUUUCUGUGCAAGCACAAGAUGGAGGAGGCCUAGCUGCUCAUGCUAAAGUUUUAAUAGAAAUAACAGAUGAAAAUGACAAUGCUCCUGAGAUUUCUAUAACCUCAUCAUCAGAUCAUAUUCCUGAGGAUUCCAACCCUGGAACUGUAGUGGCUCUGAUUAAAGUUCAUGACCGUGACUCAGGAGAAAAUGGUGAAGUUCAAUGUGCAAUAAAAGGUGAUUUACCAUUUGAGUUAAUAUCAUCAACUGGAAAGUUCUAUAAAAUUAUUACAAAGAGUGCUCUAGAUAGGGAAAAAACAUCAUCCUACAACAUCACAAUACAAGCCUCAGACAAAGGUUCUCCUGAAAUGAGUUCUAGAAAAGUUAUCCAACUGGGUAUAUCAGAUAUCAAUGACAAUGCACCAGUGUUCGAAAAGUUAUUGUACUCUGCAUUUGUGACAGAAAAUAAUUUACCAGGAGCUUCAAUAUUUAGUAUUCAAGCAAGAGAUAUUGACAGUGAUGACAAUUCUAAGAUAACAUAUUCUAUAAUGACCAAAGCUAAUAAAGAAGAUUCCCUGUAUUACUAUAUCUCUAUAAAUCCCAUAACUGGGGUCAUUUAUGCUCAACAGUCAUUUGAUUAUGAGAAACAUAAAGAAUUUAAUAUCCAAAUCAUUGCAAGAGACAGUGGAUCCCCAUCUCUGAACAGCAGUACAACACUAAAUAUAUUUAUAGUCGACCAGAAUGAUAAUUCACCAAUUAUUCUCUACCCAUCACCAGAGGUUGAUAGUUCAAUAUUUGAGAUGGUUCCUUGGACUUCUGAAAAAGGAUCUUUAGUAUCUAAAGUGGUGGCAGUGGAUGCUGACUCUGGACACAAUGCCUGGUUGUCUUACUUUUUACAGUCUUCAGAACCAUCAAUCUUCACCAUUGACCAGCACACAGGGGAGAUCAGGACUUCACAUUUAUUUCAAGAAAGAGACAUCAUGAAACAUGGAAUUGUGGUUCUAGUAAAAGACAAUGGGAUUCCAUCCCACUCAGCUUCAGUCAUUAUAAACAUGGUGAUUGCAGGUAAUUUUCAUCAGAUCCUCCCUGAGCUGAGCAGUCAGUCUAACAAAGAAGAAUCUCAGUCCAACCUACAAUUCUACUUGGUAAUAGCCUUGGCAUUGAUUUCAUUUCUCUUUAUGUUGACUGUGAUUAUUGCAGUUGUCUCCAAAUAUAAAGAGUCAAAGUCUUCUACCACAUUUGGAUCUAUGAGUACAAAUUUAUAUCCACCAGUUGAUCCCAGAUUCAUUUCACAGUUCAACAGUGGAACAUUACCUCUGCCAUAUUCCUAUGAUGUUUGUGUAACUCUCGAUCCACAUGACCAGGAAUUUGCAUUUCUUAAACCUCAGCACAAUGUUCCAGUUGACAGUCUAAUAGAUGCUGAUGAUUCUGGCAUUGGAAAUGAAAUGUUAAAGAACUGUCCACCUAUAGAAAAUGUCAUUUCACAGGUAUGUUUUUAUAACAUUUGUAAAUCAGCAUUUAUCUUUUGA